AUGGCCUCCAUUGCUCUUCCUUCCCUCCUGCGCGCUUCCACCCGCUCACUGCGACGAAGUGCCAUCCCCGCACUCUCCACAGGUUUCGUGCGGAGCGUGUCAACGAAGCACCCUGUGGGCUUUGAGCCUCCAACAGAAGAUGAACUGAUUGAAUUGAGAGAGCGUGUCCAGGAUUUUACGAGACGUGAGAUACCAGCCGAGGUUGCGGCGCGAACGGAUGAGCAGAACAACUUCCCACCCGAGAUGUGGAAGAAACUGGGCGAGGCUGGCUUCCUCGGUGUCACUGCGAACGAAGAGUACGGUGGUCUGGGAAUGGGCUACCAGGCACACUGCAUUGUGAUGGAAGAGCUUAGCCGGGCUUCUGGCAGUAUCGGUCUUUCCUAUGCUGCCCACUCUCAGCUAUGUGUCAACCAACUCUCCCUCAACGGCUCGCCCGAACAAAAAGAACGCUUCCUCCCCGGUCUUCUAUCCGGCGAGAAGGUCGGAGCUCUCGCCAUGUCCGAACACGGCGCUGGAUCCGAUGUCGUCAGUAUGAAAACUACGGCCAAAUCGGUGGACGGAGGCUGGGUGUUGAAUGGUACUAAGAUGUGGAUCACAAAUGGCCCUGAUGCGGAUUUCAUCGUCGUGUAUGCCAAAACCGAGCCCAAGGCAGGGUCAAAGGGCAUCACGGCCUUCGUGGUUGAGAAGAACUUCAAGGGCUUUUCAUGCGCUCAGAAGCUUGACAAGUUGGGCAUGCGCGGGUCCAACACUGGAGAACUAGUCUUUGAGGACGUCUUUGUCCCACACGCAAAUGUUUUGGGAGAGCUGAACCGAGGUGUCAAGGUAUUGAUGGAAGGUCUCGAUCUGGAACGUCUUGUCCUCAGUGCGGGACCACUAGGAAUCAUGCAAGCUGCUCUCGAUCUGGUGCUUCCCUAUACACAUGUUCGAAAACAAUUCGGCACCCCCAUCGCCCAUAACCAGCUGAUUCAGGGCAAGCUCGCCGACAUGUAUACCAAACUAGCAGCCUCUCGGGCCUACACCUACACCACGGCACGAGAGGUCGACAAUGGUGCCGUCGCUCCUGGUCAACUAGUCAUCCGUACCCAGGAUUGUGCCGGCGCAAUCCUCUACGCUGCCGAGCGCGCCACAGAGUGUACCCUGGACGCUAUCCAGCUGAUGGGCGGCAACGGCUAUAUCAAUGAGAUCUCAGCAGGCCGACUUCUCCGUGAUGCCAAACUUUACGAGAUCGGUGCCGGUACAAGCGAGAUUCGUCGAAUGGUCAUUGGCCGCGCAUUCAACAAGGAGUAUGCUCAGUGA